GACCACUCCAAUGUUUACAUUCUUGUGUGAGCAACGUUGUUAUGGUCACGGGAAAUGGUCCUUUAUUGUUUCUUUAAGAGAUGCAGCUAUCCGUGUAUCGUAGCAGUGAUGUAGCCAUAUACAUAUUGGCUUUAAUGAUAAUGGCAUAAGUUGUAUUCAAAUGAUGAUGAUGAUGACACAAGAAGAUGAUGAUUUAGAGGAGGAACUAUGCUGCCUUGAUAUCCGUGAUGAUCUUGGGGCAGAAGACAGUGAUGUCACUCCUACAAACACUCCUCCGGUACCCCCAAUUCUGUACAUUAAAAAGUAUUCUACAGGCAAGCCAAAUUAUGAAGACCACAUGGACUGUGGAAGAUAUUCCAAACUUGAAGAAUACGACAGCAGAACUGAUUCCUCUUUAUCGUGGGGAGAUGAUGAGUUCGAAGGAGAAGCCACAAGACAAGUUGGUCUGCUUUUUGAUCAGUUAGAUUUUCUUCUUUAUAAAGAACAUCUACCCCUCUCUCCUAUACCAUAUUCCUCAGAGUGUAGUGUUGCAGGGAACUUACCAGGAAGAUAUUUGGUGGAUACUACUGUGAAGGCAGGUAAUGAUGGAGAGGAUUUAUCUUCAGACAUUGAAGAUCUGUCAAGAAUAUCAGAUGUAGAAAGAACUACAAUAGUGAACAAAAGUGAAAGUUUUUAUAAUGUGGAACAAGUAGGUUCAUCAGAGAUUGUGUAUAAUAGUCCUAGACUAUUGAAAUCCAGUCAAGGAUUUACUAUUGUGGCAACUCAUGAACCCACACCAGAAUUACAAGAGGAAUGCUCAAGCUGGGUACAACAGUUCCCACAUUUCAGAGCACGAGGGUACAGCCUAAAUUUUAAACUCUUACAUCUUCUUGAAGAUAAUGUGGCUCUAGACAGUGUAUCACAGGAAAAUAAUGAAGAAAAAGAAGAGGAAAUAAUUGCAAAUGAUGGUGACUUUCAACAUUUAUUACCUUUAGUUAGUUUUACCAGUGCCAAUCAGUUAAAAAAACCUUAUAGCGAUAACCCAAGGAGGGAAACUUGUAGUAGCAGAGUGUGUAGUGGAUCAAAUGAUCCUGAAGUGAUUAAAGAACAAAUUCUUAUUGUGCUCUUUGACAAGUUGUGGUCCUCUGUAACAGGAACAAUUGAGCCACUUCUUCAUCAGUAUGCCAAAUAUAUAAUAGAACAAUCAGUACAAUAUUCUUCUUUAUCCAGAGAGUCCAGUACUCGAGGGUCAAGGGUCGGGGGUCAAACACCCUUGAGGAAAGUGAGUGAGGAAGUAAUAAGGGCAAAUUUUAAGUUUCCAAGGCCUUAUGCUGUACAUAAAUUAUCUAGUAGUGAAAAUAAUGAAAAAUUAGAAACAAUUAGUAGACCAGUCAGUGGGAUCAAGAGACCUUCUAGUGCUGCUAAUAGGUUGCAGAGUGCUCAUUUUGGAACAGAUAUUCACCAAGAAGAGCUACAAGAUUUAUUGAAAGUCUCUUCCAAACCUCUACAAAAUUGUGAAGAUCGAGUGAAAUUCAGAACAUUGUCGGCUUCAACGAGCAGAGAGUCUUCAGCUCAAUCUCAGAUAUCUUUGCCAUCUCUUGGUACCCCAAGAACUCCUGUGCAUAGACCAGUUUCAUCAAAGACAUAUAAUCACCUCCUUACACCUCUGCGUGUAGAGGGUCCCAUCAGUAGUGGAGAGCAACGGCCUGCAUCUACCUCUUCAUAUAACACUCGGACCAGAUUUCAAGAAAAGUUUCAGCAUAUGAGUCGACAUGGGACUAUCCAAGAGUCUUGGGGAGAUAAUUCCGGACUAGAGCUGGAGAAGGAAACAUUGGAAGUUCCUGGUUCUGCAUGGUCAAGACAUACACCUUUCCUUCCACCAAUUACUGACAGUGCUGAUGCACCGCAUAAAGUAAGUUCGGGCAAGCAAAUAGUGAGACAAAAUGUCACUUCAAGACGAAGAAAUUCAUCAGCUGAGAGGCCAUUCAAUAUUGUACAAGAAGCUCAGCAGCCACAGUCCCCGGUCACGACAGGGGAGGAUGUUCAACUCUCUGCUCUCAAUGUUAGAGGCACCAUGCUCUCAGCAGCAUACCGCCCUCAUGCUUACACCAAACCCAAAAAUCAAGUUUGGGCCUCAGGGAUGCUACCAGUUGAGCCCUUCUUGUCAUGGGUAGUACAACGUGUUGACAAUGGUGCGCGUUCUCUAGGCCAACAUGGAAAUCUGCCUGUCAAGAAUGCUUUUGUUAGUGCAGAAAAUAAAAACUUGUGUAUGAGAUGGACUAAGCAUUUUAGAAGGUUAGAAGCUUUUGCUUCCUAAUGCGUCAUAGUGGCUGCGUUGUAAUAUAGCUGAGUAUAGCGGAGCUGUUGCAUGAUACGUCAUAGUGGCUACAUUGUAAUCUAAUAAGGAAUAUUAGAACUGUUGCAUGCUUUUCAUGUGGUACCAUACAUACCUGCAUGUAUCUAGUCAAGUACGUAUAGUGGAACAGUUGCAUGAUAUGUUUUAGUGGCUGUGUUGUAAUGUAGUAGAGGAUAGUAGAGCUGUUUUAUGCUUUUCUGCUCUACUACACAUAUAUGCAUUCAUUUUGUUUUACUAGUUUACAAUUUAUAUUAAAAGAAAGAAAACAUAUACAAACUCUCUUCAUGAAAUAUAUUCUUAUUCUAGAUGUGUGUAUCACCAUUCUUGCCCCCAUCAAUUGUUAGUAUACGUAUUUAUGCUUCCUUAACAACCUGUUUCAAGAAGAAUGUAAGUCACAAAACCAUGGCUGGAAUGAUUCGCAACUAACUCAGUUUGAAGUAGAAACUUUAGUCAUUUCAGUCUGCCCUGAACCAAUGUCAAGUUGCAACAUGAUGAUGGUCCAGGAGAAACUGAAACAUCAUUCAGAAUUUUCUCUCAAGACAUAUAGUAAAAGA